AUGGUUUUUAACGGAACAACUUCAUCGGAUAUUAAUACGGAACAACCCGAUAUUUUGUUUUUAAUAUCCCAAGUUGUUUUUGUGUUAUUGAAUUUAUUAUCCAUUAUUGGUUCUGUGAUUGUGUUCAUUGUCUUUUUCAUUGAGUCAACUCAUAUUUUCAAUACCAAUGCACUGACCAGUAGCAGCCAUCAACAAGGCGAAGAAAAACAAUUUUCAGAGGAUUCAAAUGAUCUCUCGGGUCGGAUUAGAAAUCAUUCAUUUUCUUUAACGAUACGAGAUCAUGAGACUGGAUCAUUAACCACUCAUUAUCGGACCUCUAUGAGUGCAAGUUUUUCAAAUGGACUCAUCAAUAGAAAAAAGAAACAAUUUAUUCGAAGGACCAUGCUCAUGUUAUGUGUAUCGGAUCUGCUAUUUAGUACCAGUAACAUUUUGUUUACUGUUUGGUCAUGGUGCACCACUUAUAUACCUUCCUUAAAUGUGUCAGAUGAUAAUGUCUCAAACAUCUCUUGGAUUAUUAGUCAUAUAUUUUCGCAUGGAAAUUUUGCAUUUGCUUUAUGUAGUGCAACAUGGAGUGUCAGUAUUGCUAUUGCUAUUUAUACUACCACUAAGAAAGUGAAAUGGAUGGAAGAAAAUUAUGCCUAUGAUAUAAUAUUUCAUAUAGUUGCGUGGGGUGUUGCAUUGAUUACAUUUACUACAGUUUUUUCUUACCGAGUGGCCUCGAGAAUGACUGGAUUUCAUGCAGACCAUCCUGUGGUGGAGAGUUAUUUGUUGACAUUUUUCAAUUUUUUUGGAGCUUUCUAUUUGGCAAUUGCUGCAAUUGUGGAUUGUGUGGUCAUUGUCUUGAUAUGGAGACAUGUGGGUACAAUAUUAUCAGCCUCUCAGUUGCGUGUCGCUGUAAAGCAAGAGACAAAGAGAGCCCAACGAAGAAUAAUUAUCAAAUUAAGUUUUUAUCUACUUCCAUUCUUACUAUCUUCAAGUUGCUUAAUCAUUUGGUUCUUUUACAAUGGACUACAAAAUCUUGUGGGUAGACCUGAUGAAAACUUUGAAUAUUACUUUUAUAUUUUCUUUUAUAACACUCUAGUGCCACUUCAAGGCUUUUUGAAUGUCACUGUUUAUUCUCUAGGGUUACCAAGUGUGCGCUCCUCUAUUGUGAAACUUCUUCGUUGUCAGUACUGUAUUCCUAAAAGACAUCACGAAGAGCGAAUUUCUCUCAACACUUCUUCCACCAUCGAUUAUUCAGACCAAAGGAUUGAAUAG